AUGCCACGUCUUCCUCCUGCCCUAAUCCGCCAGGCAACCUCCCAAAAUCCACUCCUUACACUGCUCCUCCGAGUAUGUCGCGACCUUCCCUCUGCUCGCAACGAGCUUCGAUGGCUCCAAGAGCACGCUCGCGGUGUCGUCAGUGUAAAGAGACAGGCUAGUCAUGAGGCUGCGAACCUUCCUGAACAACCCGGGCUGGAUCCAGCCGACCACACAGGCUCUUUCGACGGGCAAACCGCAAAACUCGAUGAUGUAAAGACCGAAGACACCCAUGGACCUCGGAACCAGACACAACGGGACGUGCCCGUUAGCAAAACCGUUGGUGGGCGACCGAUCAGAAAUAUCUCUACAGUUCCUACAGAUACUGUCCUUUCGACGUCGACGACUCAAGAAAAAUCAGUUCGAUUUCGGAAGCACCAGGUUGGGGGAUCCGCCCACCUAAAAGCAGAACUGCGAAAAGUCACGGUGCGCAAAGUCCAAAUGCAAAGGCCCAGUAUUCGAAAGGUCCAAGUGCAGAAAGAAGAGAACAUUGUCCGUACCUCUAAAUCUUCGAAAAUCAGGUCCCCGCAUGACGAGGGUGUCCGUGAGUUGGAGUUGCGGCGUCCGUCGGACGGGGACCUGGUCAACAGCGAGGCAGACGAACAUGCCCAGGUGCAAGAGAUUCUGACCGAAAAUGUGGGCAAGAGAUCAAAAGGCAUGCCACUCCAGUACAUCAUCGGCAACCAGCCGUUUGGCAAUCUCGACAUCAUAUGCAAGCGCGGUGUCUUAAUACCAAGGCCAGAGACAGAGAUGUAUACUGAAAAGGUCGGCAGCCUGCUGUUGUCGGCUCUUACUACGGAUUCCGCGAUUGAUUUGGGGCCACAGAGUCGCAGGAAGUUCCGAAUCUUGGAUCUCUGUACAGGAACUGGGUGCAUUGCCCUGCUUCUCCAUUCGAUACUCAAGCCGCCCGCGGCUAACUCCGGUUCCAACUUGGGUCUACCUCCAGGUAUCAGUAUUGAAAUCCUCGGUAUUGACAACAGCGAAUACGCCGUUUCUCUGGCCCAGAAGAACCUGGUACACAACAUUUCACAGAAGUUGCUGCAUCCGGACGCGGCCAGCGAUGUGUCCUUCCAGAACGUAGAUGUUCUGGCUUUGGCCAAAAAGGGCGGUGACAGUGAGGGCCAGCAGCACCAAAUCCGGAAGAUCCUCAACGCCGCCGUGGCUGACGUCGAUGAGAAAGAGGAGCGCAACUACUCUCCAAGUGCGUCGUGGGACAUGAUCAUCUCCAAUCCUCCAUAUAUCGGUCCCAAGGAUUACGAGCCUGGCGGAAAGACGGAGCCAAGUGUGCGUAAGUAUGAGCCCAAGGAGGCACUUGUCCCCACCUUUGCUCGAGGAGAAGAAGGCUGGCAACGGUACAGAUCCUCUUCGAUCGUCUUGGCCGACCUGUUUUAUUGGCCGCUGAGGCGCAUCGCAAGAGCCGUCGGAGCCAAACUCCUGGUCAUGGAAGUGGGCGACUCGGAACAGGCGUCUCGUGUGUGCAAGGAGUUCUUCGUCCACAACUACAGCUCGGCCACGGUCCUCGGGCAGCCCAUGCCGAGGCUGGAAACGUGGAGAGAUGACGGAUCCGUGAGGAUCGUGCCCACAGAAGCGUCUCCAACUUUCGACGUCGACUUCGAAGAAGCGACCGACCCGAACAUCUCGGAUCGGGCGGUCGUCGUGUGGGAGAAGGACAUGGCCAAUUGGCGUCGUGACACCCUCCCUGCUUCUGAUCCUUAA